AUGUUCGGUUGCGUUGCCGCUGGUAGACUUGUACAAACAAACUUACAACAAGUUGACGUCAAUAAGUACGUUUUCGAAUUGUCUGAUGCUCAAUCUAUAAAUCACAUUGUCGUGUUUUUGCUGGGGACAAUUCCAUUCGAACCUGGUUUUGCAGCAACAGUUCAUUUACAUUGGCCCAAUAAAGAAUGGCAACUGCUAGGAGGUCUAUCGAAUGAAAAGCCCAGUGCAAUUUUCAGGCUAAAAACGAAAGAAUCAGUUGUCAAUUUAUCGCAAAUGUCAACGAAUGCCACACUUGGUAUUUCAAUUGAACCUAUUGACGCUGUACAACAGCAGCUUGCUACCUUGAAUCAACCUACAACAGCCUCAUCGUCAGCUCUUGUCAAACCUGGUGUCAGUGUUUCUCAAGUUGGACAAAUGGCUAGCCGUGUAUUGGAAAACUUAUACAAUUAUGUUACAUCAUUUACAGUGCAGAAUAUUCCAGUUACCUCAAUACCUAUAGGUCAGUUGACCGAGAAUGGUUAUCUUUCUUUGAAGGCCUUUCAGACGUGGUACGAUAAUCUUUCGAGAAAGAUAGCAGCAAAUCCAAAUUAUCUGAUAGAAGAAAAGUCAGCGUAA